AUGACCCUCCAGACCGUCCCUCUUCCUGCUCACAUUGCCCGAGUGAUGAAAGCUGAAAUCAUACAGAGACUACAGGGGCCGAAGUUUGGUCAGGUGGAAAACACCAACAACUUCCAUAAUUUAUAUGUACAACGUCACACCAAUGUCAGUAUUUUGUAUGCUGAUAUUGUUGGAUUUACCCGCUUGGCCAGUGAUUGCUCACCUGGAGAGUUGGUCCAUAUGUUGAAUGAGCUAUUUGGCAAAUUUGAUCAGAUUGCCAAGGAAAAUGAAUGUAUGCGAAUAAAAAUUUUAGGGGACUGUUAUUACUGUGUAUCUGGCCUCCCAGAGUCCUUGCCAAAUCAUGCUAAAAACUGUGUGAAGAUGGGUCUUGACAUGUGCGAAGCUAUUAAGAAAGUGCGAGACGCCACAGUAGUGGAUAUUAACAUGCGAGUGGGUGUUCACUCUGGAAACGUUCUCUGUGGUGUGAUUGGCCUCCAGAAAUGGCAAUAUGAUGUCUGGUCACAUGAUGUAACUUUAGCCAAUCACAUGGAAGCAGGUGGUGUACCUGGCCGAGUCCACAUCACCUCAGUGACUCUUGAGCACUUGAAUGGGGCAUAUAAGGUUGAAGAUGGAGAUGGCCAGGAACGUGAUCCUUAUCUAAAAGAGCAUGGAGUUGUAACCUACUUAGUGAUCAACCCAAAGGCAGAGAGAAAAAGUCCUCAGCAUCACUACAGACCCAGACACCCCAUGGAUGGGGCUAAAAUGAGAGCUUCAGUGAGGAUGACCAGAUACCUGGAGUCAUGGGGUGCAGCCAAGCCUUUCGCCAACCUUCACCACAGAGACAGCAUGACCAAUGAGAACGGAAAAAUCAACACUGCUGAUGUGCCCAUGGGCCAGUACCACUUUCAGAGGCGUUCAGAGAGAACAAAAUCUCAGAAGAAACGUUUUGAGGAGGAACUCAACGAGAGGAUGAUUCGAACUUUUGAUGGGAUCAAUUCUCAAAAACAAUGGCUCAAAUCAGAGGACAUUCAGAGAAUAUCUUUGUUUUUCCACAAUAAAACAUUGGAAAAAGAGUAUAGAGCAACGACCCUGCCAGCCUUCAAAUAUUAUGUUACCUGUGCCUGCUUGAUAUUCGUCUGCAUUUUCAUUGUGCAGAUCCUGGUUCUGCCAAAAACUGCAAUAUUGGGAAUAUCAUUUGGAAUGUCUUUCUUAAUUCUGUCUAUGGUUCUGCUCAUUUGCUUCAUUGGACAUUUUUUGCAUUGCGAUAAGACGGCCUCCACAUCUUGGUUCUGGAUCCUUAGAUCCUCAGGAAUCAUAGCCAACAAGCCCUGGCCACGCAUCACCCUCACCAUGGCAACCACAGCCCUCAUUCUGAUCAUGGCCAUCUUCAAUAUGCGUGUUCUGCUGGAAAACGUUCUGCCAGCCCAUGUAGCAGAGCACUUUCUGGCCAGGAACUGGAAGAACGAGGAUCUGUAUCACCAAUCAUAUGACCUGGUGUGUGUGAUGUUUGCUUCUAUCCCGGACUUCAAAGAGUUCUACACAGAAUCAGAUGUAAACAAGGAGGGACUUGAGUGCCUCAGACUACUCAACGAAAUCAUUGCAGACUUUGAUGAGUUGCUCUCUAAGCCAAAGUUUAGUGGAGUGGAGAAGAUAAAGACCAUUGGAAGCACAUAUAUGGCAGCCACUGGGCUUAAUGCCACACCAGGACCAGAAUAUAUACAGGAGCAUGACAGGCAGUACAUGCACAUUGGUACUAUGGUGGAGUUUGCCUUUGCACUGGUGGGGAAGCUGGAUGUCAUCAAUAAACAUUCCUUCAAUGACUUCAAAUUCAGAGUGGGUAUUAAUCAUGGACCUGUGAUAGCUGGGGUGAUUGGAGCUCAGAAGCCCCAGUAUGACAUCUGGGGCAACACAGUGAAUGUAGCAAGCAGAAUGGACAGCACAGGAGUGCUGGGCAAAAUACAGGUUACAGAAGAGACGAGUCGUAUCUUGCAGACAUUAGGCUACAUGUGCACAUGCAGAGGAAUUAUAAAUGUAAAAGGGAAAGGAGAGCUCAAAACAUACUUCGUCCAUACUGAGAUGAGCCGGUCUUUAUCCCAGGGGAAUGUAAUGCCAUGAAUCAUAGCAACAAAUGUGCAAUGAACUGAAAACAUCCACAAACGGGAAUAAAAGAGACAUUUGUAAAUAACUGUGCCUAGUUUAGAUGCACGGAGUAUUGAAUGUAUUGAAAGUGAUACCAUUUCUACUGUAUCUCAUAGGCAGGGUUUGUGCACAGGGUACUACUGUAAUUAUGGUAGCAAUUAUUUUGUAUGAAAAUCAAAUACAACAAAAAGUGUUUUGAUGUUUUAAU